CAAACACCUGAAUAGUUAAAAGUAAUACAACCGAAAUAAUUCCAAGGUUAGUUGGGAAUUUGGAGAAUUAUUAUUGGGUGGAAAGCUUUUUUGGUAUAUCUGCUGAUUUUGUUGACUAUGUUAAAUGCGAAUGAAUUGAGUUUGGUGAAAUAUUUUAAGACAGGGUUUGGAACAAUGAAGCAUUUUGGAAAGGUAUAAAUUGGCUCCAGUUUCUCUUAUUCCUCUAUUUGGUUUGUUUUUAUGAAGAUCUUAAAAGAUAUCAUUUCCUUUAUAAAGCUUAAAGAUGACAUAUGUCAAUAACGAUGGUGCAAGUUACAAUAUUGAAGAGGCACUUAAUGUCGUGAACAAAAUGGACAUGGGAGGAAUGAGCGGUAGCUCUGCAUCUUCAAAACCAAGUUGCAAGAUAUCAGUAUGUAUUCAGUCAGUAAGUUGUUUUCAAACAAUGUGAUUAACAGGCCCCAUUUUGUUAGAUGCUGUGGAAUUGGUACACAAUUGAUUCGUGUUUCAUUGCAAGAUCAUGGCAUGUGAACACCAGAGGUCAAUUUGCAGGAUCUUGUAUUGGUGUUUUCCUCUUGGUCUUAUCUGCACAGUGGCUACACAGAGUUGCUCGUGAAUAUGAUGCAGCUAUUGCUAGAAGAAAAACUUUACAUUUACAGAAAUCAGAGCCAUCAGAUUCUUCAAUUGAUAAUGUUGAAAAAGAAGCCUCAAUCACGAGAAGUGAGGUUGGGUCAAAUGAUUCACAAGCCUUGAUGUUUUUCCCAGAAAACACUGCAUUUUCAAAUCUUCUUCAGCCAAUAUUAUAUACUUUAAGUCAUAAUUGGUUCUGGGAUUUCAGAAAAGGUUCUAGUUUCAGUGCAGCCUACCCAAGUUUUGUUGAACAUUUGAUCAGAAGUUUAAUUUUCACUAUCCAAUGGGGUCAAUCAUAUAUUAUCAUGUUGCUAUUCAUGUACUAUAAUGGUUACAUCAUUAUUUCAUGUAUUUUAGGUGCUCUAUUUGGAAGAAUAAUCUUCAACUAUGAACCUAUUACUUGCACCACUAGGUCCGAUAGUGAAAAUAAUGAUAAAAAGUGUUGUAUGUGAGUGUUCUUUCUUUCAAUAGUUUUAUGAAGAGACCACUUCUAUGAAUGUCUAUUCCAAUAGUUAGUUUUAAUAACCUAAUAUGAAUCUAAGCUGUCUUGUACACUCUAUUUAUUUCACGUGUAGUUCCCUUGCUCUAGACAACAAUUAGCUUCAACAGAAUCAAAAAGAGUAGACUACCAGGACCACAAUCUCGACACUUCUAUGGCGGUAGAACGUGAGUGACUGGAGAGUGUAGUAAUCAAAAUCAUUUAAUAAAACUGAGCUUUAGUUCUUUCUUUGAAUUG